UCCGUUUCCUCAGCCGCCACAACUGCCCACUCCUGAUUCCGGCGAUUCCGGCAGCUAUCGCCGGCGCGGUGCACACCACCGAUCUCGGCUCGCUCGGCUCCGUCCUCCCGCCGGCAAGAUUUUCCCUUCCCGGCCUCUACCGCUCGCCCAAAUCCCACACCCGUGCUAGGGUUUCGGCCUCUGGCAUCGCCUUCGUUAUUGGCGCAUCUCCGACGGCCUCUGGCGGCCCUUCUCCACCGUCUUUAGCUCCCCCACGUGCGCCCUCGCCUUCUGAUGUUCCACCUCGAGCAGGGCGGCGCGGAGGAUCUCCUCCCGCAGGAUCCAUGGUGGUAGCGCACCCUGCAGCCGCCGGUCCGGGAGGAGGGCAGACACUGCGUCCUUGUCCUGCUCAAUGACGGUUGCGGCGAACGCCGGUGCUGCUCCUCAUUCUCGACCUUCAAGGAGGAGCGCUGGUACAGCAGAAGGACGCCCUGCCCCUGAACAAUGGCCAUGGCGCCAGGACGUCCUCCUCCUUGAUGCGGCUGUCCCCAACGAGCUCUCUUCGCCGGAGGAGGUGGAGCAGCAUGUCCAGCACCCCCUUGGCCUCCUAUCAUGCAGCACAUGGACGAGCUCACUGACAACUGCGUUCUGCCCUCCUAGUGUGAUAUUGGUUAUGGGAGCAUUUUUAACAAGAAAGACAUGCGUUUUGACAACUUUGGCAUGAACGGGUGGAUUUGCUGCUUGGAUGACCCCUAGUUGGUGUGUGGCUGCCUGAUAAGAGUGGCCAUCGCUUUGUGGGCGUGGUGCUGGUUGUAGAGUAGGAUAGUGUUCUUCGGCACAUGCUUGUAAAAUUAAUGUUUUUUGGGUCUUUUUUUACGCUCCUGUAGAGGUGUAUUUUUGGAUAUGUUUGUAAUUUUUUUUCUAAUGACAUGAGCAUAUACUUUCUGUCAAAUUCUUAUUGGUGUAAAUUUUCCAUGGAAAAUGAGAGAUGCGUGAAUCUCUUGGACUGAAAUUAGUGGGCCUU